CCCUCACGCGGUGCAUGGUGCAACAUGUGUUGGAUGCUUCCAGAAACAGCGUCGCAGUUACUCUGUUGCAGCCCAAAGACACGCAGCUCCAUCGGACCCGGUCUCAGCUCUGUCCCGGACACACUACCUGGAAGAUCUGACAUCUGUUAGAUACUCUUCACUGCUCAACAGUUCAGUCCUGCUUGGACAUUUUUUUUAUUACAUUGAGUUAGCCUGUUAGCUUGUUAGCUAAGUUGUCAAAAUGUUGAGUGUCGCCAGAAGCGUUUCAAGGACUCUCCCAACAAGAAGCUGCGCAAGAAACGUGUCCUCUCUUGUCAAGAAGGCAUGCUGGAGUGGCUUCCAACCAGAUGCUCUCAGAGCCCUGUCCAGGAGGGACUAUGCGUCAGAAGCCAUCAAGGGUGCAGUCAUUGGCAUUGACCUGGGAACCACCAACUCAUGUGUAGCAGUCAUGGAGGGGAAACAAGCCAAGGUGUUGGAGAAUGCAGAGGGAGCCAGGACGACUCCGUCAGUCAUCGCCUUCACAGCAGAUGGAGAGCGUCUGGUGGGCAUGCCCGCUAAACGCCAGGCUGUCACCAACCCUCAGAACACACUGUAUGCCACCAAGAGACUGAUAGGACGCCGCUUUGACGACCCAGAAGUCCAGAAAGACCUGAAGAAUGUGCCCUACAAGAUUGUACGUGCAUCUAAUGGUGAUGCUUGGGUGGAGGCUCAUGGGAAAAUGUAUUCCCCCAGUCAGGCUGGAGCCUUUGUUCUGAUGAAGAUGAAGGAGACUGCAGAGAGCUACCUGGGAACCAAAGUGAAGAACGCUGUGGUCACAGUUCCAGCCUACUUCAAUGACUCUCAGAGACAGGCAACGAAAGAUGCUGGUCAGAUUUCUGGUUUGAACGUCCUGCGUGUGAUCAACGAGCCAACAGCCGCCGCUCUUGCCUACGGCCUGGACAAAACCCAGGAUAAGAUUAUCGCUGUGUAUGAUCUGGGUGGAGGUACGUUUGAUAUCUCAGUCCUGGAGAUCCAGAAGGGAGUUUUUGAGGUGAAGUCCACCAACGGCGACACCUUCCUGGGAGGAGAGGACUUCGACCAGCACCUCCUCCAACACAUUGUCAAGGAGUUUAAGAGAGAGUCUGGUGUGGAUCUGACUAAAGACAACAUGGCUCUCCAGAGAGUCAGAGAGGCUGCUGAGAAGGCCAAGUGUGAGCUGUCCUCUUCACUGCAGACUGACAUCAACCUUCCCUACCUGACCAUGGACGCCUCCGGUCCCAAACAUCUCAACAUGAAGCUGACUCGCUCUCAGUUCGAAGGCAUCGUGUCCGACCUGAUCCGCCGCACCGUGGCUCCCUGUCAGAAGGCCAUGCAGGACGCAGAGGUGUCCAAGGGAGACAUCGGAGAGGUGCUGCUGGUCGGAGGCAUGUCUCGCAUGCCCAAGGUUCAACAGACUGUUCAGGACCUGUUUGGUCGGGCUCCCAGUAAGUCUGUAAACCCUGAUGAGGCUGUUGCCAUAGGAGCAGCCAUCCAGGGUGGCGUGUUGGCUGGUGAUGUCACUGACGUGCUGCUGUUGGAUGUGACACCACUGUCGCUGGGUAUCGAGACCCUGGGCGGAGUCUUCACCAAACUCAUCAACAGGAACACCACAAUCCCCACCAAGAAGAGCCAGGUGUUCUCCACAGCAGCCGAUGGACAGACUCAGGUAGAGAUCAAGGUGUGUCAGGGAGAGAGAGAGAUGGCAGCAGACAACAAGGUGCUGGGUCAGUUCACUCUGGUGGGAAUCCCCCCUGCUCCCCGCGGCGUCCCUCAGAUCGAGGUCACCUUCGACAUUGACGCCAACGGCAUCGUCCACGUCUCCGCCAAGGACAAGGGCACAGGCCGUGAACAGCAGAUUGUCAUCCAGUCAUCAGGAGGUCUCAGCAAAGACGACAUCGAGAACAUGAUCAAGAACGCUGAGAAGUACGCAGAGGAGGACAGGAGGAGAAAGGACCGUGUGGAGGCCGUCAACACGGCUGAGGGCAUCAUUCAUGACACAGAAUCUAAGAUGGAGGAGUUCAAGGACCAGCUUCCUGCUGAUGAGUGCACCAAGCUGAAGGAGGAGAUCACAAAGGUCAAGGAUCUUCUGGCCAACAAAGACUCAGAAACAGGAGAGAACAUCAAACAGGCGGCUGGCAACCUGCAGCAGGCAUCACUCAAACUCUUUGAAAUGGCCUACAAGAAGAUGGCAGCAGAGCGGGACAGCAGCGGCAGCGGCAGCAGCAGCUCGGGCUCAUCAGAGGGGGAGAAGAAGGAAGGCCAGCAGUAGAUCUUUGCACUUGGUUGUCGGGGGUUCCCAUGACAACGGAGGACUGUCGGGCUCGGGGUGGACUGGGGGGGGGGGCAGUCACGAGUGACAAGCUGAAUCUUAGUCAUUCUCAUCAUAUUAUAUUAUUCUACUGUGUUUUGGCAGUAAAAUACUCUAGUGAAACGAUAAAUGUCAGUGUAUGCUCCUCCAAGUCCUAUGAUAUCCUGUCUGUUUGUAAUUUAAUUAUCUCCCAAACAAUGUCAUGUAUGUUUAUUUUUACAAAGCUGUUGAUUUACAUUCUGAGGUAGUAAAACGUAUUUUUUUUGUGUAAGACAUCAUGUAGAUUUCAUCUUUUGUUCAUCUUGUUUAUGUCUCCAGCUUUGGUACAGAGGACAGCCCUGCUUUACUCUGUCUACAUAAGAUAAUAGUGUACAGUGCUCUGUGUGAGUUUAUAGAUAUCUUAUUUUAAUAGUGCGCUCAUAACAACUCUGAGGUGGGAAGCUACUGUACCGGAAUAUUUGAAAUGACUUAACUUUUCAUGUCAGGAACUUGCCACUGCCUGGUUGUGUUGAGUGCACUCUAAAGGCUUUGCAAACUAAUGAAGAACUGCAGUAACGCGGUUGUUUUCAUUUCAUCAUUUAUUCUUGAAAUCUGUAAAAAUGCAUCUACUGAGAGGGAUUGUGAUCCUAGUGGUUCCUUUCCUCUCAUGUCCCCUGACAUUUGUUGAGGGAUUGUUAAAACCAGUGCAGCUGGAGUAAAUUCUCACACUGCCUAAUGUGGGAGGACAGAAUAAAUGUCUGUCUGUGCGAA